GACGGCGGCGUUAAAACGCUGCGCCAUGUGCCGCGUCAUCUGACCGGCAGCGCGUUCAUCCAUCGCAGCGACUCAGUGCACAUUUUGAGACGCGCGACAGCAGGAGACUGAAGACUGGACCGAGACACAGCGAUCCUUGUCAGCAUCCGCAGCGCACCAUGAGGGAAAUUGUUCACCUCCAGGCCGGACAGUGCGGGAAUCAGAUCGGGGCGAAGUUCUGGGAGGUGAUAAGUGAUGAACAUGGCAUCGACCCCACCGGUAGUUACCAAGGAGACAGUGACCUGCAGCUGGAGAGGAUAAAUGUCUACUACAACGAGGCAUCAGGCAGCAAAUAUGUCCCUCGUGCCAUUCUGGUCGACCUCGAGCCAGGAACCAUGGACUCGGUGCGCUCCGGCCCAUUCGGACAACUGUUCAGGCCUGACAACUUUGUCUUUGGUCAAAGCGGAGCGGGAAACAACUGGGCCAAAGGUCACUACACCGAGGGCGCUGAGCUGGUGGACUCCGUGAUGGACGUGGUGAGGAAGGAGUCGGAGAACUGCGACUGCCUGCAGGGAUUUCAGCUCACCCACUCGCUGGGUGGAGGCACGGGUUCAGGAAUGGGCACACUGCUCAUCAGCAAGAUCCGCGAGGAGUACCCCGACCGCAUCAUGAACACCUUCAGCGUCAUGCCGUCCCCGAAGGUGUCCGACACCGUGGUGGAGCCUUACAACGCCACCCUCUCGGUCCACCAGCUGGUGGAGAACACGGACGAGACCUUCAGCAUUGACAAUGAGGCCCUGUACGACAUUUGCUUCCGCACCCUGAAGCUGACCACGCCCACCUACGGCGACCUCAAUCACCUGGUGUCCGCCACCAUGAGCGGCGUGACCACCUGUCUCCGCUUCCCCGGCCAGCUCAACGCUGACCUCCGUAAGCUGGCUGUCAACAUGGUGCCCUUCCCCCGCCUGCAUUUCUUCAUGCCGGGCUUCGCGCCGCUCACGAGCAGGGGCAGUCAGCAGUAUCGCGCCCUCUCCGUGCCGGAGCUCACGCAGCAAAUGUUCGACGCCAAGAACAUGAUGGCCGCCUGCGACCCUCGCCACGGGCGCUACCUCACGGUGGCAGCCAUCUUCCGCGGCCGCAUGUCAAUGAAGGAAGUGGACGAGCAGAUGUUAAACGUGCAGAACAAGAACAGCAGCUACUUUGUCGAAUGGAUUCCCAACAAUGUCAAGACGGCCGUCUGCGACAUCCCUCCCCGCGGCCUCAAAAUGUCCGCCACCUUCAUCGGGAACAGCACGGCCAUCCAGGAGCUGUUCAGAAGGAUCUCCGAGCAGUUCACGGCCAUGUUCCGCCGCAAGGCCUUCCUCCACUGGUACACGGGCGAGGGAAUGGACGAGAUGGAGUUCACGGAGGCCGAGAGCAACAUGAACGACCUGGUGUCCGAGUACCAGCAGUACCAGGACGCCACCGUUGAUGAGAUGGGCGAAUAUGAAGAAGAUGAGAUCGAGGACGAGGAAGACGUGCGUCACGAUGUUCGCCACUGAUUGAAAAACACUGAUACUCUGACUAUACUUGUUGUAAACAUAGCUGCUUAGCUACACUUAUUUCGCAGAUAGAUACACAGCUUAUUACCGACCGAGAGUUCGAGGGUCGUUACAACCUAAAAAAUAUGCAACGAUAGUAAUUGGUUUUCCAAGUCAUGCUUUGCCAAUGUAAAAAAUAAGUACAGUCUUGUUCCAAACGUAGUUUUGUAAAGUUUUCUUCAACAUGCAUUCAUUGUGUCAAUAAAUAUGAUCAAGAACAGA